AUGGAAGCCCGCGAUUCUGAUAUAUCUAAGAAAGAUGUCAAACGAAUACUAGACAGGUUCUGUCCAAAGAGAUCAGUUCUUGACCCUUCCUUAGCUCCUCUGACCGUGGAAGGGGUUAUUUCCAAACUCAAAGAUGAAUACCAAGUAUUUGUGGACACUGUUGAAGAGGCUAAAGAAAGCCCUGGGACUGCAGAGCAGCUUUGGUGCAACAUCAGGCUGCCCUUGCAAGCCUGGGCAAUUGCCAAUAUUCCAUCGACCAAGAGGCGCGCUCUAUCCGCUAAGCAACGGUACUACACCAAAAGCUAUCAGACUUCCUUUGACAUAACAACCCUCGAUUCGGCACAGCUCAAUUUCUUAAUUGCGUUAGCGUAUUUCCACAUAGCACCCAGGUCACACGACGAAACUAUCUUCCUGCAAAGCAAAUUUGCCUCAAUGAUGCACGCCUGUUCGCUCGCUAGAACAUUACUCCAUACACAUCUGGUGAGUGACAAGCACUUGGGUCCGGCGUUCUCGCAACCAGACCUUUCAAUAAUAAGCCAAUCUCGUAAGUUAAUAUACACUAUAAUAGGCAGUAACAACUAA